AUGGAGGAAAAUAAAGAUCCAUUUGACUGGUCCAUUGAUGAGGUUAUCUCAUAUCUUUGCCAUGCCUCAUUUGAUUCUUGGGCUCAUUCCAGAGCUCCCCCACCUAGGCCAAAGCCCGAUGUACUCCAAAAAGCUUUGUGGGAAAAUGAUGUUACUGGCUAUGUUCUUCUAACUGAAAUCAACAAGCAAACACUCAUUGAGGAUUUUGGCCUAAAAUCUUUGGGUCAACGCACAACUAUUCUCCAGGCAGUUCAGUACCUACAGGGUAUCUCACAGAAAUACAGAGACCAUGCAAUGACUGUGGUAGAAAUCAAGCCUAACCCUGAAUUACUGUAUAGUCCUUCAAAGGGCCCUUCUCAAUCCCCAGUUGCCUGCGUUAUGCCGAUCUUGAAGCCCACUUCCAAGAAACCACAAGCUUCUUUGGAACAGACAACUCACCAUGAACCCCUUGGCCCUCAGAAUCAAAAUUCCCUUGCCACUAAUAGACAUGGUAAAAAGCAGCGCCGGUUGGAUCCUAGCUCUCUUUCUACCAUUCAAAGAACACCUUGCACCCGGCGUUAUCUUGAUAAUCAAAAGUCAAGAGUAUCAGAUAUCUUCUAUAACGGUGUAAAUGCAGAAACAGAAGAGGACACAUUUUGCAUUAUAGGGUCAUCCAUAACUCCCUCUGGCUAUCAGCAUUUUGUAAAUCAAAAAAUGCAAUACUAUUUUCAACAGAAACCUCACGACAUAAAAAACAAAAGUGGAAACCCUUCUUUAGCUGUGUUUCCUUAUAGUAGUGUUUUUUUGGCCCGGGAUGAUACCCAGUUUUUUUCAUUGUUUGUCAAAAAUGGGAAAAAGAUCGAGUUUUCUAAAGAAAAUAUAAUUGACUGGCCGGAAUUUGACCAUGAAAAUGAUGAUUUGCAUUUUCUACUUUCUAAAUAUCCGCCUAAAGGGGAGCAUGAUGCUCUACCUGCUUAUGGUGACUCGGCUUCUGAGGGAAGCUAUGAUUCUGAGACUUGGAGAGAAAUUGAAAUGGAAUGCCAAGAGAAAAGGAUACUUGACAUAGCCAAAUCGAAGAAGCUAUCUGCUGAAGACAUUGAAGCUGCUAUUGAUGAAUGCAUUGUCUCAUUUAUUGAUAAAUGGCAAUCUGAAAAGCUACCAGCCGAGGAAAGAAAGGCAAGACCCAUCUGGAUGCAGGCUGAUAGGAAAAAAACUAGACUUGCCGAUAUCAAUACUGCUUCCAGCAAGAUUGCCCAUCUGGAUCAGCGUCUGAAAGGGCUCCGAAAGGCUAUCAAAGCUAACCCCUGGUCCCAGAUUAAGGACAUUCAAAUGCAAUGUCGAUCUAUGGAGCAGACAGUAUUUGAACGAGAGCUUCAAAGGUGGAUCAUAACUGUACUGGAAAGUAAGGAGUGUCCACCAAAACAAGUUGGCCAUUUCCCAGUUGCACAACCCAAACCACAACGCACCGGUGUUCUUAACGAUGAAGAGUCUCUAGGUUCUGAUACAAAUGAUGAGCUCGAUAGUUUUGUUAUACCGGAUGAGGAGCAUGUUGCUACUCAAUUUGAUCAGUCAGAUGCAGGUGAUGAAACUCCUCGUCCGGUAAAAAAGCUAAAGCUUCACCAAGGCCACAAGAGCCUGAAUAAGCCCGAGAUGUCCAUCCCACCUUCCAUAAUAACAAGUACAGUUGAAGUUGUUGACCUCACUCUAAGCGAUGAAGAGAAUGUUGACGAUCAAGAUCCCGGCAAAGAGAACUUCGAGGUCCAUACACCACCAUUGAACCCAUUAGAUGACCUUCAUCAACGGACUCCAUCCUUGUCCCACUUUCAGGACGAACUUGAAAGUUCAACGGCUACCUCCACCACUUCCACUCCCUCAACGCGCGUCUCCGAUUUAGACCUCAAAAGAGUAUUGGAAUUAGGGUCGGAGGAGCUGCAGAUGUGCCCUACACGUUUAGUGGCCUGGUAUGUUCACUGUAUAGGCUCUACAGAUCGAGACGGCCUCAAAGAAAUCUUUAAUACAAAAUCUUUCAAUUUUAUAAAAAAGAUAGUGCUCCAGGGACUACGAAACAUGCCCCAACGAAUCUACGUUAUCGAACCGUAUGAUAUUGAAGCCUCUCAUUUGUGGAUGAGAAUUGUCGUAAUGUACAUAUCAUGGACCGCACGCAAGAAACUGCUUAUGGACAAAGGCAUAGAAAAGAAAGACAUUGAAUCCGCAGCCCGGAAGAAAAAGAAAUUGCGCCAGUUUCUUCCUCUUCUCGCUGAGAUCCUUCGAGAAUAUCCAUUCAAGAACAGCAACGAAGCAAGUAGAGAGGCCUCCAUUGAAAGUUCUGGAGAAGCAACCAUUGACUUGAACAUUUCUGAUGAGAAUGACAUUUUACCUAGCGCAUCUGCGCAUACCCCGCAUAGUAAACGGAAACGCGCUGUUAAACAAAGUCAAGAGGCUUUAAACACCCAGAAACUCGCGCAACGUCGGGUUCAGCUCCAAGAAGAGCAACAAGAGCGUCUACUCCAAAGAUUUGUUCGUUCAGGCGUGAAAAAUAGCGACCCCGAACGACAGGCUGUGAGUUUUGAUGAACCGAUCAUAUAUCUACAUUCUCAUAUUGGCUCCCGCGUGAAAAUGCACCAGUUACAUGGAAUCCGAUUUAUGUGGAGAGAAUUAAUAAAUGAUGAAAAGCGUCAAGGCUGCCUCCUGGCCCAUACUAUGGGCCUUGGGAAAACUAUGCAGGUUAUUGCACUACUUGUCACAAUUGCGAAUGCUGCAAACUCGGAAGAUUCUGAGACCAGAAACCAGAUACCAGAGUGUUUUCGUGAAUCUCGCACCCUUAUCCUCUGCCCACCGUCUCUAAUAGAAAAUUGGUGGGAGGAGUUCCUUAUGUGGACACCACAGGAUCCUGUAACUCUUAAAAACCUUGGCUUUGUGAGAAAACUUCCGACAGGCUUAUCGCUUUGGGAGCGGCUGCGGGAGAUAGCUGCAUGGUAUUCAGAGGGAGGUGUUCUCUUAAUCAGCUAUGACAUAUUCAGGGCUAUGAUUCUGAAUCGCGCGACAAAGAUUCGGGGUAGUCAAUUUGAGCCAGAACAACACAACAGGAUAAAAAAACAGCUUCUCGAGGGACCCAAUAUCGUUAUCGCCGAUGAAGCCCACAAAAUGAAAAAUAAAAAUGCUGGUAUUUCUGAGGCUUCCAGCUAUUUCAGGACCAAAAGUCGGAUUGCCCUUACCGGCUCGCCGCUUGCAAAUCACCUUGAAGAGUAUUACUCGAUGAUAAAUUGGAUUGCCCCUGGAUAUCUAGGUGAUUUUGUGCAGUUCAAAGCAAAAUAUGUUGAGCCCAUCGAAGAUGGCCUUUACAUCGAUAGCACUCCUUACGAACGUCGGCAGUCGCUGAAGAAACUUCAGGUUCUUAAGAAUGAUCUGGAUCCGAAGGUCAAUCGUGCAGAUAUUUCGGUGCUUGAGGGUGACCUUCCGCCGAAGGUGGAAUUUGUGAUAACUCUUCCCUUAACUUCACUUCAAGAACAGGCCUACAAGUUAUAUGUAGACUACCUGAUGUCUGAUAGGGAUGAUGUGCCAAACGCACGCCUAUGGGCAUGGCUUGCGAUACUCUCAAUUCUGUGCAAUCACCCAUCAUGCUUUUUGGAGAAGUUGCUAAAGAAGAAUGGCCACAUGAAAUCAAAGACUCCAAUACAGGACUCUGAAAACGAUAGCUUAGCGGAGGACACAACGCCCGUUACUCAAGUUUUGGCCCCAGAAGUGAUAACCCGGCUUGAGACUCUUUUCAAAGAUGUUGAUGAACUGAAGUCCACUGUUCAUUCUCAUCGUACGAAGAUGCUCGAGGAAAUUAUUCGUGAAUCCAUUAAUGCGGGAGACAAAAUUUUAGUAUUUUCCCACAGUAUUCCAACACUCAACUACAUCGAGCACGUUCUGAUACAGAACGGAUGGCGAUAUUCUCGCCUGGAUGGAACAACCCCGAUAGGAAGCCGUCAGACUGCUACAAAAAAUUUCAAUAAAGCCAACUCUCCUAUACAAGUUUACUUGAUUUCGACUAAAGCAGGUGGUCUAGGUCUCAAUAUUCCCGGCGCAAAUCGUGUAAUAAUAUUCGAUUUUGCCUUUAAUCCGACCUGGGAGGAGCAAGCAGUGGGACGUGCGUAUCGAUUUGGACAAAGAAAGCCUGUAUUUGUAUAUCGAUUUAUCGCUGGUGGAACAUAUGAAGAUGCUAUGUAUAACAAAAUCGUGUUUAAAACACAGCUUUCUUUUCGUGUUGUGGACAAGAAGAACCCGAUUCGAUAUGCAUCCAAGUCGAAAAAAGCAUAUCUUUUUCCGCCAAAAGAAGUUAAGCAAAAUGAUCUUACUGAAUUCAAAGGAAAAGACCCGAAAGUCCUAGAUAAACUUCUUAACCAACCCAAUUUCAUACGACAGAUCGCCCUCACCGAGACAUUCCAGCGUGAAGACAACGAUAAACUGACUCCUGAAGAAGAAAAAGCUGUUCAAGCAGAACUUGAUGAUGAAAGACUAAAACGAAACGACCCAAAAGCUUGGGAGAAGAAGAAUGCUGAGCGAGAGAGAAUAGAAAUGCAAACGGCAUCGUCAUACAUGACAAUAAACAACAUUCGAUUCACCCAACCAUCCCCAAGAACCCCAAUGCCGCCGCCGACAAUACAGCCUGUUUGGCGUCCCGUUCCUUUUUCCGCUCAUUCCCCAACCUAUCCUCUGAAUGCUGGUUUUAACUCACAAGGCACUAUUGAUGGUGCUCCUAGCGCGUCCGCGCCCCAGCCUCGAAACGUACAUUCUGGCCCGCCUCCACUCCCUCCUGAUAUAAGCCUGUUUGCCCCUAUUCCUCCCAGACCACCAAAUCCGUCGGCAACUUUUUCGUCCCUCUCGAUCCAUGCUUCUAGCCCUACUAGCAACGCCAUAUCGCGUACCGGUCCUAACAGUUCACUAAAUGGGGACACAGCUCCUACAACAUCGCGCUUACCCGAGAUUCCUGCCACACAGACUUUAGAUACCUCAAUCCCACCUUUAAAUACGUUACAAGCACUGCCGGAGAUGGUUGAUAAGCCGUUGACCCGCUUACCUCAGCCCCCAAAUGGGCCCAAACCACCUUUCAUAUCACUACCAGAGAAUACCACCUUAUCCGAAUCCCAAAGUCCGAAUAAUUCAGGCCCUCCUAAUCCCCCUGGGUCACAAAUCGCGCCCCCUCCACCGUCAGCUAGCAGCGCAGGUAGCCAUACCAACACUCCCAUACCAAAUCAGCCAAAUAAUAAUCAAAAUCCUAGCGAAACUCUGCCCCGCAACCGCAAAGGCUCAAACGAUACUGAUAAGCGGAGUGGCGAGGCCCCGAAAUCGAGUGAUAGCUCGCCAAAGACUCCCGAUGUUGAGGAUUCUACUCGCUGUGCCACACAGUAA